AUGGGAAAUUGUAUUCCAUCGAGUAUCGAUAUAAGCAAUAUGGUUAAAGCACCACAAGUUGUGCAAUUAAUGGACAAAUCACAUUUUGUCGAAAGCAAAGAUUCUCAAAGCCACUUUUUGCGUAUUUUCUCGCGCCACAUAAUUAAUUCAGAAAAAAGUGAUGACACUUCUUGUUCUACUUCAUUUGAGAGUGAAGAACUGCUACAAAAGGAAGGAAACGGUAUUGAAUUUGGAUGUCCAAGUCCCUCAAAGAUUUCAAGUAUAUUAAAUAAUCGAGGUUUGCCUGAAUCAUUUAAAAAAACAGACCUUACAAUUCUGGGCAGAGUAAGCAAAACGCAGGAACACUUAUCCCUAGCAACUGAUUUCGUCAAAAAUAUGAAACUUAAACUUUCAGGAAAUAAAUCAAAGUGUUUCAGUAAUGAAGACAGUGGAAUGGAAAGUUAUUCACCUAAUUCUUCUUCUAAUACCAUAUACUUGUGUUACGAUCACAGUAAAAUCAGAUCAAACGAAUCUUCAUUCCCCUCAUGUAUGGAUGACGUAACUGCUCGUUGUACCAAAAGCGAAGUGGAUAUUACUCCAAUAAAAAAAGAACAAUUCGUACAAGAUCGACUGAUAAUAAAUACAACACAUAUUCCUUCAACGAUAGGGGAAUUGUCGACACAGAAAUGUAACUAUAAAAUUUCAACAGAAACUGAAAAAAAACAGGGAAAUGUAAUACCUUUCUAUGAAGAAUGCUUAUAUGAAAAAAAGCGAAGCAAAGUAACAGAAGAGAUGAUGGAUAGUUCAAGUGACUAUUCACAGUCGUUUUCUAGUCGACCAUUUGUGGCUGUAGCUAAAGCAACCUAUGCUCGAAAAUAUGCCCACGAAUUAAGCGUUUCAGAAGGGGAAAGGCUACUGGUGCUUAAUCAUAUAUCCAUUCCAAAUGAAAGUGCAGAGCAGAAGGUAUACCUAGGAGCGUAUAGCAGUGAACUUUGGCUUGUUGAACGAAUUGAAUUACAGCAUAUGUUUAAUCAGGGUUCCCGUAAAGGACUAGUACCAGGAAGGUAUUUGGAAAAAAUAAGUAAUUCACCGACUACGCACAUAUCUUGGUCUGAUAUUGACAGAGCUGAAGCAGACCGUUUGUUGCUUCUGAUGGGUAACCCUUCAGGAACAUAUAUCUUACGUCCUUCAUCAGAUUCAGAUAACACAUAUGCUCUUUCGAUACGCUAUCUGGAUCAGUCAACACUCUUAUGGUCAGUGAAACACUAUCGAAUACGACUGCGACUAGCGGAUGAAACUUACUAUAUUUUCCGUCGUAUCUCAUUUCCUACUAUUGAUCAACUUCUCGCACACUAUACAGUCAGUGCGGAUGGAAUCGCUUGUUGUCUAACAAUACCUUACCCAAAGAUUUAUGAACCACCCUCAAACUUGUCAUUGUUGGAAGUGAAUAGAAAUAAUUUCACCCUCAAUAAAAAACUGGGUCAAGGAAGUUUUGGAGAAGUGUGGCAAGCCACAUGGAAUAAUCGAAUGUCUGUGGCAGUAAAAAAGUUGCUUGGGAAUGGCAAUAUGGAUAGAGUACUAUUUUUGAACGAAGCUGAGCUUAUGCAUCGCUUGAAUCAUCCGCAUGUAGUUCAACUUUUAGCUGUAUGCACAAUGCCUGAGGAACAGCCAACUUAUCUUGUAACUGAAUUGAUGGAAAACGGAUCUUUAAAACAGUAUAUGCAGAAGCUCGACCCUAAAAAGAAUACAUUAAAAAACCUUCUUUCUAUGAUGAAGGAUGUCGCAAUGGGAAUGAUGUAUCUUGAGGAACAGCAUUAUGUUCAUCGUGACCUUAGAUCAAGCAACGUACUGGUUGACAGCAAUUACAAAUUGAAAGUGGCAGACUUUGGUCUGGCUCAUUUACUAAAUGAUUCAGACGAAUACGUCGGAACAUUACUUACCAAAUUCCCUGUACGGUGGACAGCUCCAGAAGGUAUUUUAAAGCAAGCAUAUUCAAUAAAGUCAGACAUCUGGUCAUUUGGUGUACUUAUUUAUGAAAUUCUGACCUUUUGCGAAUUACCUUAUAAAGAGUUGAGCGCUCAGGAAGUUAGAACACGUGUCUGUUCAGGUUACAGAUUACCUCGUCCAGAGAUGAAAAUUCCAGUAGCAAAACCUUUGUUAGCUGCAGAUGAUCACUAUGAAGUACCCAAACUCAGGAAUACCAAUAACUUUAUGUGUCCCAUAGGUUUAUACAAUAAAAUACUUGAAUGCUGGAAUAUUCUACCAGAAAAGAGACCAUCAUUUAAUUCAUUACACUGUUUUAUCGAUGAAAUGUUAUCGAAGGAAAGUGAAGCCAAUUUUUAAAUUAAUACGCU